AUGGCAUCUUCAGAUCGAGUGUUACAAGUUAUGGAGCAGCUUAGUCGCCAAAACCCCUUUAGUGGAGUUCCUGAUCUUAUUGAUCCGCUGCGCCCUGAUGAAAAGAACAUUCCUAGCCAUCUUUCCUCUGCGGAGCGGCUUCCCUAUAUUCAGCAGCAGAUUAAUCUGCUUUGCUACAACCGUCUCCCGCAGACCUUUUUUAAUUUAGAGAAGCAUCGUCCUCUGCGGAGUAUCCUCAUGACGGGUAAAGAGACGCUCCAGGAGGCGUUGCCGAUUCGCUGUCUGGAGGCGACCUUCGUCGCGCUCUACCUCACCCAAGGGUUGAAAGACGUGAUGCGGAUCCCCUUGUCCUUCCGCACCCAGGUCAAGCGCACGCGUUAUAGCCAUAUCGUCCUCGUGGUGCACCUUCGCAACCCCACCCCGCUCUACGGCACCCUGGGCCUAAGUCGCAAGCGGACGCUCAUGUACAAGCCCCUGACCUUCUCCACCCUUUUCGACCUCAUCUUGGACUACAAGCAGGCCUACCAGCGGUUGGGCCACCGGAUGCUCGACGUCAAACUCGGCCUCGCCGUCCCCCACCGGACGGACUUCGCCCACGCCAUCUGCUGGCGCUUCGUCGCGCUGCGGUUUGAACGCUUUCACGACAAAGCCGAUAAAGCGGCGAGUGGCAGGGCCUCCCACGACCUUGGCUUUUCCCCCUCACGGGAUCACGAGGCAGGGCAAGAGCAGGGGGAUUCGGAUACGCGGCGGCAAUCCACCCCAGACGCCGAGGACCCCGCAAAUCAACUGUUCGACUCAAUAGUGGAUGAGUCGCCACGGAGCUCCUGUUCCACUGCAAGCUCGACAGGUCACCAGGCGAUCCUUGAGGGAGUGGCGGCUCCUAUUGAGGCAUUCCACGAAAGAUCUCCGAGCAGUGAAACGUUCGGUCCAGUGCGGCAAAUAUCCAUCGAAGAGGAUCGCGUUCUAUAUCAAUCUUUAGCGGAUUUCUUGCAAAAGUAUUCUCACCUUUUGCCCACCAUGUCUACCCAAUACUGCAAGCCACACCAUCGGGACCUGACUGGUGUAAAUAAUAAGGUGUUUUUUUCGAACCUUGAGGAACUUGAUGAACCUAAGUCCGAAAACCAACGACGCAUCGAGUGUAUUCAAAAACAGCGUUCGCCGUUGGAUUUAGGUUUAAUAAAAGCCGCAUCCCGUCCGAAACCUCCUAAAGAGAAAGGAAAAAAAUAG